AUGAGUGAUACGAGUGCGAGGUCUCGAGAUUCGAGAUUGGCAAUUCUUCAAAGUCCUGAACCAAGAUCUUUACCCGAAACUCCACCACAUCAUGAAAAUCACUCGCAACAAAGUGCACCAUCUGAAUCUAGACCACAAGAAAGGAGUCAUCCUCAACCAAGUGCACCAGCUGAAUCUCCACCACAAGAAAGGAGUCAUCCUCAACCAAGUGCACCACCUGAAUCUCCACCACAACAAAGAAAUCAUCCACAACCAAGUGCACCACCUGAAUCUCCACCACAACCAGGGAAUAAUCCACAACCAAGUGCACCACCUCAAACUCCAGUACGACAUGGUCAACAACCACCACCAAAACCACCACCUCAAGCUCAACCUAAACCAUAUAAUACUCCACCUAAAAGGCCGCUACAACUCGCCGAAUUAGAUUCAGAAUCGAGUGUUCAAUCAGGACAAGUUAAGAAUGAAGGAAAUAAUAACUUUAACAUCACGGAUAUAAUAUCAAACUUUAAACUGGAGUAUUUACCCUUGUAUACAUUCAAAACCUUUAUUUUUUUUGUGGUGCUCUAUAUUGUAUAUUACUCGAUACGGUUUAUGCAUGACCAUGCCAUAGACGAAGAUGACGUGGAAAUUGAUGACGUAGAAGACGACGUGGCAUAUACACUACAAUCUCGAUCCCGUGGCAGGAGAAGACUGAGAAGACCUCGAAGAUUAUUUUUUUAA